AUGACAGCCUCAAAUGGAAUAGUGCUGGCCGAGAUCAUUGCAUCCACGGCUGCAACUACUCUAGUUAUUGCCGGAAUCUUCUUCUUCAUAUACAGAUUCCUAGUUGCUCGGCGCCACCCAAAAGACAAAGGCAAUGGAAGCUUCCGUAGGGAGGAAGUUAGGAUGACUCGUGAAGAUCAGCUCAGGCAAUGCAGUGGAAAUGUGAAGGGGUUGAUUGUUGAUGAGAAUGGUGUGGAUGUAAUCUACUUGAGGAAACUAGAAGUUGGACAGGUUCAAACACAUUUUCCGAAGGUAGUUUUCAACCCAAGUUAUGAAAACGAUGAAGAAGAUGAUGAAGAAGAAAAGAGAGUGGAUACUAAAGGAGAAAGAGCCAAAAUGCCGAAGCCUAAAGCUGGUCAUUCUCUUCAUGAGCCAUCUGAUUUGAUCAGACAUGGAAAAUUAGCAAAACCAUUAGCACAAAAUCCUACUCCAGAAGCUGUGGUUUCAUUGCCAAAGCUACAACAGCGGCUUCCUCUAAAAUCUCAUGCACCUCCUUUUAGGAUAACACCACCAAAGAUGCUGGAAAAGCAAGCAGUAGAAUCAAUGCCUCCUCUACCACCCCCACCAUCUAGAAAUAUAUCUGCACCGCCGCCUCCACCAUCUCCUCCACCGUCAGUUCCUCCACCUCCACCUCCUCUGCCACCAACACCACCUCCACCACUGCCACCAACACCACCUCCACCACCGCCACCGCCACAGCUGCCUAAGAUAGUAAGAAGAAAAUCUCUACCACCCGCUCCACCUAGGCUUGGUGGUUCUUUUUUAGCACCAAAACCCCCACCUACACCUAAAGGCAUACCAAACAACAAACGUAGACCUGAGGCCUCAGCUGGGGAGACCUCAAAAGUGACUGUCAGUGGGCAAACGAAGCUGAAGCCAUUGCACUGGGACAAGGUUAUGGCUGCUGUUGAUCAUUCAAUGGUCUGGGAUCAAAUCACUGAUGGAUCAUUCAGAUUUGAUGAUGAGCUUAUGGAAAACUUGUUUGGAUAUAAUAUCACCAAAAACCAAACCACUGAAAGAAAUAACAAUUUUUCAGCUUCAAGCAAGUCUAAUUCUGCUCCAACAGCUCAAGUUUUCAUUCUAGACCCUAGAAAGUCUCAGAACACAGCAAUAGUUCUCAAGUCUCUGACAACCUCUCGCAAAGAAAUCAUAAAUGCUCUUCUUGAUGGUCAAGGACUCAGUUCAGAAACACUUGAAAAACUCACCAAAAUUUCUCCAACUAAAGAAGAAGAGAUCAAAAUCCUCCAGUUCAAUGGCAAUCCAAGUAAGCUUGCAGAUGCCGAGUCUUUCCUCUACCACAUCCUCAAAGCUGUCCCUUCGGCUUUUACUCGAUUCAAUGCAAUGCUUUUCCGGGCAAAUUAUGACCCCGAAAUCCUUCACCUCAAGGAGUCACUGCAAACACUUGAACUCGGGUGCAAGGAGCUAAGAUGUAGAGGUUUCUUCCUUAAACUGCUCGAAGCGAUUCUCAAAGCUGGAAAUCGAAUGAAUGCUGGAACUGCUAGAGGUAAUGCUCAAGGUUUCAACCUAAGUGCUCUUCUGAAGCUAUCUGAUGUCAAAAGCACUGAUGCAAAGACUACUCUGCUUCACUUUGUGGUUGAACAAGUGGCUCAAUCUGAGGGUAGGGGAUUAGUGAUCGAUCAGAGAAGCCAAACUAGUACACCAAACUUGGAUAAUCUGACAGCCGAAGAGAGAAGAAAGGAGUACUUAAUCCAAGGGUUACCAAAGUUGGGAGGCUUGAGUAUUGAGUUAUCUAAUGUGAAGAAAGCAGCUACAAUAGACUAUGACAGCUUCAUUCGUAUGAGCUCCACUCUCACUAGCCGCGUAGAUGAAAUCCGAAAGGUUUUGACAAAUUGCUGCAAUGGUGAGACAGGAGGGUUUGCAAGAGAAAUGAAAGGGUUUUUGGAGGAAUGUGACGAGGAGCUUAAGGUGGUGAGAGAAGAGCAAACAAGGGUUAUGGAACUUGUGAAGAGAACAACCGAGUAUUACCAAGCCGGAGCUGCGAAAGACAAGGGAGCUCAGCCACUUCAGCUCUUUGUGAUUGUUAGAGGUUUCCUAGACAUGGUUGAUCUUGUUUGUGCAGAAAUUUCAAGAAAGUUACAGAGGAAGAGUACUUCUACAGCCACUGUGGGAUCAGCAUCACCUCCAUUGUCACCUUCAGUCCUAACACCAAAGAAGUUACAGAACUUCCACUCACAUUUCAAUUCACAUGUGUCUUGGUCAUCUUCCAGUGAUUCAGAAGAUGAUUUCUGA